UGGCCGACGAUUGUCGGCCACAUUCAGAGCGAUCUGCUGACGUUCCAUUCAAAGAUGGCGUUGACGAAUGCGCCAUGUUUCCUGUGAUGUUCGAGCGUUAGAGAAAUUUUUUGAAGCGUGAUACGUAUAAAGCAAAAAUGGCUGAUGAUGACCCGUGGCUACUGAAGGAAGACGGUUGCUUGAACGUGGAUACCGAAUGCAAGAACAUAAUCUAUCACGCCAAUUUAAACGUUCUACUCAUCACUACUGGUAGCGCACAAGUAUACGUAUUCGAUGUCAACUCCGGCGUGAUCUUGCAGAGAAGUUCUCUAUCUGGUAAAUCAAAUGGAAAAUUGCAAGGAGUAUAUUUAUCCGAGGGGGUAGACAAAGUAUUAUAUACGGAUGGACGAGGAAUUGGUAUACGUAGUGAUUACAAUGGGGUGCUAUUGUUGGACACAAUCUUGCAAACUCCAGUUUCCAAAAGCGAAGAUGUUGUCAAGUUGGAGCUACUACUGUCAGAGGCUACAAUAUUAGUUCAAUGCCUACAGUGCAUAGAGUUGCCAGGAGUGGAACAUUUGCUAGAGGUAUUACAAGAACUGUCAAGUAAAAUUGUUGCAGCGCAAGCGAAUCAGAAGAAAGGUAUUAAAGCUCAAAAAUGGAACACAAUAUGCUUGGAGCUACCGCACGGAUCCCUGAAACUCGUGUGCUCUGGUUUAGUGAUGGAGUUAAAGAGGCAAAAUCGGCAUAUAGCGGCACUGCCCAUUGCCUCCGCGAUCAAUGAGCGAUUAAAUGGCCUAUUACCUAGUCUUGCGUUAGAAGGCGGUCCAACUGAUAGAGCGUUAAUGUUCAGCGAAGCGGCACGUCGUAACACUUUUCCAAAAUGGCCACAUAUGAAUUACAAAUGGGCUUUACCCGACCAAAUGGCACAGGCUGGGUUCUAUCAUGAACCAAACACCACAGGUGAUGACAGAGCGAUGUGCUUCACCUGUAACGUGUGUCUGGUAUGUUGGGAGCCUACAGACGAGCCAUGGUCAGAGCAUGAGAGACAUUCGCCUGCGUGUCCGUUCGUCAAGGGCGAAUACACGCAGAACGUUCCGCUUUCCGUCACCCUCGCAACCGCCCCCGCGCGAGAGCCAGGCGACACGGUGGACGUCAUAGGUACUACUAAUGUCAAGGGCCUCGCAGCUACAGCCUCUUCCAAUGGUUUUGUAAAUAUUUGGAACAUAACGAAUCAGUUGAAGAGGGAGGUAUCAUUUUAUAUAUCCCCCGUGGAUCAAGAAAUAAACAACAAGGAAUCGAUACAGUUCUGCGCUGCGAGGAAUGUGGCGACUCCGUAUCUGAAUCUAGGCUCCGACUCCAAUCCGCUUCCAGAAUACAAAUCCUCGCCGUUUUACAAAGUGCAAGUGACGGCGCUUUCGGUGGUAGGGUCUCCGGUUACGCCGAAGGAGGAAGCGAAGAGCGCCAACUCCACGACUACAUCGUCUGUGAACAGCGAGAUGUCAGACCAGAAAAUUCGACCGUGUUUAGUGUGUGGGGUUACGGUGACGGUGAACAAUCCCGCGCAAUUACGAACCUUAGAAAACGUAUGGGCCGCCUCAAGCGACUUGGCGAGCUCGUCGUCGCUGGUCCGCGCGAUGAACAGUGUAAAUAGUGCCGCCAGUGAUACUUUAGAUAUAAUGAAAGUAGCGGGUGAUAGGUACAUAUCGUCGAGGUCGCAUUAUUUAGUGCUCUUAGAUUUUCAUCACAAAGCCGCGACGACGCAACCCAUUAAGGAGGACAAUACGAAAGAGUCGAAGACCAAGAAGACCCUCUCCGGGACUGGAACCAGUGCCAGCUCGAACGGCGGUCGCCAAGAGAGCUUGUACCAGGAGCUCUUUCUCGGCAAAUUUUUAUACGAAGUGCCAGUUAUCGAGGAUGUGGACUCGGACAUGGUGGUCGGUCCGCAUUACGACGGAAUCUUCCCGACCACCACACUGACCGCCUCGUCUUCAAACGGCAUUUACUCGAGUCCCAUCGGCAUUCCCAUCGGCCCCGCGCCGACGGCGUCGACCCCCUACGUCGACAUCGAUCACAAUUUCGUUCCCAUCAACGGCACGGCCCACUUCGCGUCGACGUCUGACUUGACAACGAUGAACAAAAAGAGCUUAGAUCUUACGCUGAAGAUCACCAAGGCCGAACCGGUGGUCAUCAAAACUUUAGCUAUAAACGCACCGGAUUCUCUCCGCAUCACAUGUAUAACUCCGUCCAAGGACGGCAGACACUUGUACGUCGCGAUGUGUCCCGCGGUGGACAACACCUCCACCGCCGAAUCUUCCUUAUUGAAUACCAAUCAGAUGGAUGUGGACGACGAGAGUGAUUUCUUCCCGCAGAAGAGUUACAUGUACUGGGACCACAACGACAGUCAGUCCAGCAAAUUGAUAAAUGGCGAAAUUCGCAGUAAUGAAAGUGGAACGAGUGCUGCCGCUGUGUUGCUCGUGUACGCCUUGGAUUUCUCGGGGCCGGUAGUGAAAGUGUCGUCGGAACCGCUGGUGAAGCGAGAACUACCUUUGGAACAAGCACCGAUCGAACACGUGCUCCUUCCUCUUCAGGAGAAACAAAAGUGCGCGACGUCCUCUAUGAAUUCUAGUAUCAAUUCUACUAAUGAGCCAGCCGUUCAGGAACCCGUUGGGCAAGUUGCUCUGGUAUGUAGAGACGGCGUGGUCAGAUUAUUAAAUUUAAACACGCUGAAGACUGUGACGGAGGCGAGGUUAGAAGGCAAGAAAUUUAUCUCCGCGACUUACUGCAACAGCUUAGAAAGGCUGUGUGUGUGCACGAGCGAUGGCACGUUGCAUUUCUUUAUCACAGCGGAAGAAGAGGAUUCCGCGGAAGAGAAAGAUGACGUCGACGAUGUGAAUAUGGGCAGCGAGGGAAGUUUCACUAGCGAAAAUAUAGCUCCUAGCACAUCAACCUCGUCGAUCUGCCACGAUCAGCUACUGGCGCAUAAAUCGAGUUUCUCUUAUUCGGACUUACGACUCUUAUACGAACUUACGAGAUUCGAUCGACAUUCCCCUGCGUACAGCGCGACUGUUCCUCCCUGUUGGAGUGAAAUGGUGCAAGCUCAAAGGCAACGGCGUCAUCCGCAGCAUCUUCACCAAUCGGAAGAUCAGCAUCACACGAGAACUUGGCGGUUGCAGAAUGACGCGACUACUUGGGAUGAACACGUGUUCGAGCUCACUCUACCUCGAAGUGCACUAGGAAGCAUAGGACACGUCGAUGUUCGAUUUACCUUGCUUGCAUUUUGCCAGGAAUUGCCGACUAUCCAAGUGACUUUGUUGAAGCAAAAUAUGAAGAGAAUCGGCCAUCAGAGAACUCCGCUUACUCCCGUGGACGAGAGAAUCGAUUUUAACAUAGGCGCCGAGCAAAAGAAUGAAAAUCCGGUUAUCACGGAGGAAUAUCAACGUCAGCACAAUACAGAAAUUCUCUGUGGCCCUAUCGACUUGCACCGCUGCAUGGAUCUGUCUUGCCGCUCUGGAUGCGUAACGUUAACAAGCCCGAAAUUAUUCCGUUCGAAGGCUAGAACAUUGCUCGUCCACAUUAAAGCUUUAAUCGAUCAAAAAGAUGGAACGUCUGCGAAGACAAAAGCGAACGUAGCGGAAAGUAAACCACCCACCUGCAAGAAGUUGAAAAUAUUCGAGGUACGCCCAGUUGUGCCACCUAGCACUGGAGAACGAUUUGACGAAGGUGCAAACAGCAAGAAGUUUGGAACUUACGUUGGUUGCAACUGGAUUCACGAAAUCUCCAUCACCGUGAGGUCGGUGCACUCCACCGGCAUACCUAACGAAAGACUACAGAGAUGCGCUAUGUUGGAGUCUAAAGUCUUUGUCGAUAACCUUCUAAGCGUCGCGUGUUUGCAGGGACCCGCCGACUCUCCUGUCGUGCAGUCUAUCGCUCUCGAUAUUCUGAUAUGGGUAGCUUCAAUAAGGUUAACGAGAUUGCGGAGCGUUCAGAACAGCGUCGAGAUAAAGGCUCUUCAAUUGGAGACUAUACGUUCCGUACAAGGACGAUUGUCUAGUUUAUUACAAACAUGCCUCUUGCACGCUGGCAGGAGUAUAGCACACAAAUGUGUCAAGUUGAUCGUCCUUUGCAGCGGAGGAUUUUACAACAUAGAGGACUCGCCGGCCCAAACCUUCGACGAGGCUAUGCUUUCCGUUUUGGUCAAUUUAUUGCCAUCAAUCGUGGAGGUUCACUGGGCUGGUUCAUUGAGAUGGCUGCAAUUGCUCAUCACGAGAUUUCUGCCGUUGGACAGAAAUCACAGUAUCGCCCAGAAAUGCGUCUCUUUGGUGCAACAGAUAGCCACGGAAAUAUCAAACAGAGUAAAUCCUUACCAUUUGCUGCUCGCAACAAGAUUCGGUCUAUAUAACACGCCCUUCGAGACGGAACUCUUCGACUUGGAGCCACCAAUGUUACCAAAGUUUAGCUCAAUGCCUGUGACGUAUGCGUCCGUCGUGGCCGGCGAGCAAACAGGCCCGUCUGUCGCUUCGUCGAGCGCCAUACACUCGUCCAAGAUAGCGCAGGAUGCCAUCGAUUUGAGGGAUCUGCUCACACUGCCCGCGCAUCCCGCUAGUGAAUUUGUAGUAUCUAGCAAAUUAAAGGCACUAUGCACUAAUCAAAAUAUCAAAGGUCUCCUCGAGGUCGAACCGCUUCAUUUUACUUGUCACGCCGCUUCCGACGGUUCGAAAUUGGAAAAGAUCGAUCCCGGCAUGAGUACAAUUAACAUCGGGCCGACUCUCUAUGACAGUACGGCGACGAACAACAAUGGUGUACCUGAUAUUAAAACGUUACAUCAUAGCUACAACUUGGAUGCCGGAUCGCUAGGACCACAUGUUCAGGCUAAACCGACAGCUCAGUCGUUAAGUGAUCUGCUUAGUAUGUAUACGGGAAGAGUGCUAAAGAAGCCGUCUACGCAACUAUUGCUCACGCCUGAUGAACAAUCAGACUGUGACGAGGCUAACGAUGCGUCCGGCAACAGUCAGACCUGGCAUAACACGCAAAACAAUAUGCCUAGUUCACAUGUGUUAAGUUCCAUUGUAACGAAAGAAAAGUCAUCCGCACAAAAUAUCAAUACCGCUGUAAACAAAGUUGAGGAGAGCAAUCCUAAAAAGCGGGAAGAUAUUAUGUAUCCAUGGGGCAGAUUAUUGUGCUGGCCGCCACAGCAAGCGUUAGUCGUCGAACGAAUGCAUUCGGGAGCCCGUCGAUUCGUUAUUUUGGACUUUGGGUCACCUGUAUUGUUGACCGAUUUGAUGAUUCCCUCGUGCAACGAUCUGGUAUCACUGUCCAUAGACAUUUGGACGAAAAACGAGGAAACAGAUGGCACUCGUCUUAUUGUCGCUGGUGAUAUAGGAAGUAAGCCGUUGAUUGUCUGUGACCUCCAACCGCCUCCUGUAUGCAGAUAUCUCAAGAUUACUACAAUAGGACGCUACGGAAUGUCCACAACUACAUGUAAAAUACCGUUAGGAGUGUUUUAUGGACAUAUGGUGGUUUUGCCCGGAGAGGAUUAUUCAGAGCUAAGCGACUCUUCAUCGUUCGAUGCCAACAUUUUUGAUCCUUCUUUACAAGUUACCAUUGAUACGCAAUGUAAUAUAUUGUCGGCUUUAGCGGAGGAUGUUCAAUGCAGAUUUAGUUUAGCUACUGAAAGGUUAAAAACAUUAUUAGAUCCAUUGCUAUGUUCGGAAACUCCUAAUGUUAUGCACAUGCAAAAUUAUCUUUGUUACAACAAAAUGCCUAAUGAAAGUAAAGAACAGCCAUCGGCGAAGAUACUGUCAACAUAUCAGGAAUGUAUCAUGUUCCAACAUCAAUUGAAUGUUGUGCGAGGCGUCUGGCGACGUCUCGAGUCGUGGAGAGGCUUGCGAAACAUGCCAACGGCAUCUUUCACGAAUGCACCCAGUGACAAAUUACGAGUGCUCGGAGAAACCCUACUUGACAUUUUGCUGUACACCGUGUACGAGAUUGGUCCAGUGCCUAGUGUGUACCGACCAACAUCGUUACAUGAAGUUUUCACUCCAACGAUUUGUGAGAAAUUUUUUCACUCGAUAUGCGUUGUCACGCCAGCUCCACGUUUACAGCUUCACGCUGCUGCGCUUUUAGCUGGCAUGGCGGGACAUCAGCCAUGGUGGGGCAACUUUUUGUCCAAUACUCUGAUUAAUCUUUAUUCGUCAUCGUCCUCUCAUAUUUUUCCGCAAGACAGGGUGUUUAUUUUAUUAACAUUCCUUGGGCGGAAAUCGUUAAUAGCCGGAGGAAACAAGUCUUCAGUUAUUGAAGCCAUGGUUCGUACAUUGAGCAAAUUACUGGCUCCUCUUACGAAUGCGCAGCCAUCCGAGUCCAGUCGACUAGACAUCACCUUAAUAGGUUGGGUAUUAUUGUUUCUGUCAGUGUGUCUAGACACCAUCACUCCACCAUCCUGCUUCGAGGACAAUCAUGAAAAAACUAGAGAACAAGGUUUAUUUUCUCGUUGGGAGUUUAUUCAAGGAGAAUCGGCUAUGCAAAGGAGAUACGUCAAUGCUAAUCGAUCAUCAGCCUCUCGUAGCUACCGCAAAAGAUUGCAGAAGCGCUUGUUGCAUCAUAAGCAGCAACUUCAUGAAUUAGAACAAGCGAAAAAAUCUGCGGCAUCUAAAGGACUGAUGACUUUAUCAUCUGACGCCGCCACAUUGUACAAUAAAGUUGAAGCGACCUUGAAGGUUCAAGAGCGUUACUUCAAGAAGACGCUCAAGCAACAUUCCACAAAACAUUACAAGGAUGUCAUCAAGAGACACGAGGCACUGCUUCGUAGUCCGUGUUGCAGUCAACCGCGAUCCAGCACUAGCAAAUCGGACGUUAUGGAUCUGGAAGUCGAAUACAAUAUAACAAACUUGUCCCAUCAGUAUGUCUUGCCAGUGGCGCGUGGUCUCGUUGCCCUCAUUUUACAUAAUUCGGCUAAUGUGGACAUAUUUUUGUUGGCUUGCAAGGUAGUCGCUCGGUUAGUGGUAUCCACACGUCCUGCUAUCGACUUGUGCGAGCUUAUGACCGAAGAACAACUCUUAAAAUUGAUCAGAUUAGCAACGGAUACAUCUGACGCUGCUUGGUCAUCGCACGCAGUUUCUUGUCUUUUGAUGGACUUAUUGGAAGGUAAAAGANAUCCUAAAGCUUGUUCCGCUCACGAAGGUAGUCCGUCAGAGGAGAAUUUGGAACCAUUGGGCAAUCAUACGGAAGAAAGUCGCACAUCGGAAGAGGAUUCAACCAAUGUUGCAGGCACCAGCGCUUCUUCCGCCGCCACAUUAGGCGACGGGUUUACCGAAGCAGACGCGGACGAGGAGGAUAGCAUCGUGAACAAGAUUACCUCGACUACUGCCGGCACGUCAAAAUCCAGCGUUUAUCUGCCAUCCCUUUUGGAAUCCGACGAUAGCGAAUUGGAGGACUUUCUGGACGACAUAUUGGAACGUGGCAGAAAUAUAUUGAAGAAGGAUAGCACAGUGUCAAAAAUUUUAACUUCAGCCAUUACUGGGAGCAUUUCUUUGGCAAUGGACGCGCGAUUGGAGUAUGGAGUCGAAAUGGGUGUGGAAAUAUCGCUAAGAAUACUGUCUACGGUUGGCAUGUACAAUCUACCUCACAGCAUAAAUGCGACAAUACACAUGCCGACAGAGACAAAUCGCUGUUGCCAACAAUCGUUCGUGCGUACUGAGACAAACGAUAGAAGCCAGGAAGCCGGAAACUUUUCAGAUCUUAUCGAUACUCCUUCGAACAUUUCCAUGUUAACGAGAUGUUUUGAGAAAACGUUCACAGACUUGUAUUUACGGAAGAACAGUACAAAUUUGGAACUCGUUCUUCAACUUUGGUUUGCGUUAAAUAUGGAUGCUGCUAUGGAACAUUCAGGCUCUCAAUUCGAUUCCUCUUUAAAACCUCUAAUUCCGCUCAGUCCAGCAGCCAUUUCUAGCCUAAUAUCUGCGCUCUCUUGGCAUACUGGAAUUUCUUUACGCGCUUGGUGUCUUGCACUGCAAUGUUUAACUAAUGUGUGCAAUCAACCGUUACGAAGAUAUCCCAAUUUAGACGGCUUUACACCUCUUAGUCCUUGUAUGGCUAGUUGCAUCGUCAAGGAACGCAAUACUGGCCCCAUGUUGUUGCGUCUUCUUUCCGGCGAUGGAUUAAAUAUCAAUACAAUGGAUAAGCAAUAUAUCAUGGCUGGGCCUACUGUCUGCCAAGCAUUGCACUAUUUUCUUCUCAGACUGGAAAUGAUGUGUGAUGUCAUUACAACGGAAAGUUGUUUAGGCAAUUCCUUGAAGAAUCUUCUGUUGCGUGUGGUGUAUCAACUCGUGCAACCGAGUGGGCCUCUUAUUUCAAGAAAGGGACCUUUAGACGCACAAUGCAAGCUAAUAACGUCUCUAAUUAAUCUAAAUUAUGUCAAUACCGACCUAAGCACAGCUAUGAGCAUAACCGAAUGCGUUGGCGUGCUGGUUUCGACUUAUAUCACAGGAUCUGCAGUUGGCGUACAAUGCGGAGGUGCGGUUGACUCGGCCAAUCAGUCCGGCAGCUUCGGUGGUCUAUUCGCUGGCGUAUUUGGCGGUGACUCAAGGCAAUGUCGUCCCGCGUCGUGGGACACUUUAAUCGUGGCUCUCAUUAAAUUAGUGUGCACCCUCGUCCAAACUCCAUUAUCGAGCACUCGCCAAGAUCGACCGGAAGAACCAGCAGAAGUGAGACUGCCCGAAACUUGGAACUCUGAAGGCAAUUCGAGCGAUUCUCAGAUGAGAGCGAGUACUUGGCAAACGGAUGAGAGCAAAGCGGCGGAACAGUUAACUUCAUUUUGUUUGCAACAAUCGAAAACUAGCAAGCCUUGCGUACCUUGCCUCGCUGACACUGUUUUACAGCAUGAACCGACUAUGAUGCGUUUACUAGGCGCUCUCGGUCAUAGCACGGGAUCUUCAUUAGCUAUGCUCUUAGGAGAGAGCGCGAGCGCAGCAUCGACUACCGAGCUUGGCGAUCCAGCUUCGAUACCGGAUGCGACGUUCCAGCUUCUGACGACCCUUACGAAAAAAGCCAGCGAUCCUACUCUAGUUCUCAAACCGCUUUACCACUAUCUCUCUUCGUCGUGCGAGGAAACCGAAUUGGGAGUCACACAGCUGUCCGAGCCUCUUCUUUGGUACAUCUUAAGAGUAUUAGACAACGCGUCAUCGCUAUCUGUAUUUACCACGAUGGGCGGUGUAAAAGUGCUCUGCGAGAAUCUCGUAAGAUCGAGUAACAGUGGGGCCGCCAGCACGUCUGCCUCACCUGGAGUGAUCGCACUUGUCAUGGAGCAUCUGUCGAACGCACCAAACGUGAUGCAGAUGACGGCGAGCAGCAGCAAGAAAGGUGUCUUCUCAUUAGAGACCCACGACGACGGUUUGCUGAACUUCGCGCCACUCGGCACGAUAUCCUGGCUGAAUCCGACCGCGCAAGCCGCGGACGUUCUCAUACAAAACGCCACCCCGCAUAAGCGUACAAGAACGCCGGCGUGGUCGUACCAUUUUUAUCCGGACGAGGCGUGGGUCGAUCUGACUAUCAUUUUACCGUGCGCCAUUCUACUGAAAAAGGUGGAAUUGCAACCGCAUCUCACAGCGUUGUCCACAUGUCCCUCAGCUGUAGCACUUGAAAUUUCAAGAGAAAGCAACGGUCCGCUGACACCAGUUUGUCCUCCGAUGCCGACGGCAGGCUUAACAUACAUACGCAUCACCCUGUCGCAGCCAGAAGUCGCGACUUCCGUAUUGGUGCGCUUGUACAAACCGCGCGACUCAACGAACAUAAAUCUCAGUCAAAUCAGAUUGCUCGGUACCACCGAACAAUUGACAAAGACCAGCUUGGGUUGGUUGCGAUUACUGCAUCAGUGCUUAUCGGUGAGCACACUGAACAGCGAUUUGGCCGCCGAAGUGCUUAAUUCCGCGGCUUCGGUCGAAGGCCUGGUCGAGGCAUGCUGCAAUCUCCUGUUACUCCCAGCACCGUCUCUCUUUACUCCCAACUUGGAGAGGGUUCUAUUACAACUUGGCUUACACUCUCGAGAGCUUGGACUCCGUCUCAUUGGUCUCUUACUCAACAACAGGUCUACCCCUUUCUUCCAAGGAGCCGUGACUUCUCAGGAAACGUCCAUAGUACAAUUAGUGAUUGAAUUGCUUCAACAACUGUGCUCCAUUCGGGACUCCAGCACGGAAGCUCGCAUGAAGGCCGUUCUUGCAUGGCUGCAGGCAUCGGCCGUGAAUGGAAUUUCGAACACAGGCAGCAACCCCAAUUCCAUGAAUCCGCCAGCUGUGUACAUUCACUGCGUAUCUUCGAUCAUCUGGAAGACUCAUCAACAGCAGAACCACAAUUAUGAUCUGCAAGUCCUACUGACGGACGAAAUGUUCUACUCAUUGUACAAAUGGACUCAAACUCUCGGAAACAACUCGACCUUGAAGCAAGCGAUUGACUCUGUACUGUGCGCUUUUUGCUACGUGAGACCGUCGUUGUUCGGUUUGCUUUUGGAGUGGGUGUUGACCUUAGCAGCCAAUGCCACCGCGAAUCCGUCUAUGUCUAUGUUCGACGAUCGUAAAAAGAACGAGGAUCGUACGGACGAUAAGAAGAGCGGAAUUAAUGCCAAAGGGUGGUAUUAUCAGUUUAAGCUGCUGGAACACGAACGAUUACAUUUAACAGAAGAACAGCUACUGACUGUUGCCGCGGCGGCGCGUUCUCCACCUGGUAUUCAACAAUUAAUUGAUUGCGGUCUUCCCGCCUUGCUGACGGAUUCAAUCACAGAAUUUUGUAACUUGGAGAAAUCCAAACAGCGAAAUAAUAGAAUGGCGUCGGGCGACAAUAACGAAAGUAACGCAUCUGAAGACGUUAGCCCGACUGACGGCGAUCCGAAGGCAGCAGAUACAAGUUCCGGAUCAAACAAUUAUUCUGAUCGACUAAACAUGACAAAACCAGAAAAUAUAGCAAUAGUGAUUGAAUUUUUAACGCUCGUAUGUUCGGAAGGAAGAAUGCGCGACUGGCUUGGUACAGAAGGUCGUGAUUUCUGGUUACCCCUUCUGUCGCUUCUUAGUAAUCGUCCUAUCGAAAGCCCAUCCGCAUCCGCGUCAAGUUGUUCGAAGAUAAGCACGUCAUAUGCAACGUUGGAAAGUGCUAUGAUUAAAUUCUUGUCGAGAUGUUGCUGGUGCCAUUUGGCCAAUCAAAAGCUGCUAGCGAAACUUUUGACUGAAGUCAUUUCUCAACAACGAACUACUUCUAAUGUACGAUAUUUCCACGGCAUAUCCGGAUUCACACGGAGAUUAAUUCUGCAAUUGCUCUUGGAGGGUGAAAAAGUAUUGGUUUCCGUAACGUCGGAAGCUCCUAUGAAAGUUUCAGCAACUGCUGCCAAUCACAGCAUGCCGUCUAUGCCGCCGCACCCUGCUCAUCCGCUUGGUCACUAUCAUCAGUUAUUAUACAUGUCGACGCAGGCAACGGUGGCGGAUAUAUUGCAGCAAGUGUCGGGAACAUGGCUUCUCUUAUUACCUCCGAACACGUAUAAAGGUAACGAAAACAGUUCCAAUGGAAAUAACCGUUCUCGCGAGCUGUGGGAAUCCGGAAUGGCGCUAGUAGUGGACACUCUCAGUGUGGCUGCCGGAAACACGGCGAAAGACAAGCGAGCUAAAGAAGCGUCGAAUAGAUCGCAAGCUCGCGGUCCUAUUAUCCGUAAAACGCGUUUGAAUUCUGACGGAACGCCAGUAGUCAAAGUCACUAACGUGCAAGCGAAUUCAACGAACACGACGAAUCAGCAGUAUCUAAUACAUUCGUCUUAUCCGAAUACUCCUCUGCCAUCUCAACUUACGAUCGCUCAGCUUCUGGCGAUCGCCGAGGACAGCGGCGUCUCGUUGUCCGAGCCGUGCUUACAUUUGAUCUUACGCCAGCGCAAUAAGGACUCUAAAGAAGACGCGGCGAAACAGAGCGACAGCGAGCUAUUAAACUACAGAAGCAUAGAGAGCUCAUUGGGCGUGUUCAGCGCUGGUGGUGGAUUGGCAGUCCUGGCGCGUCAUUUGCCAUUGGUGUAUCCAGAUCCCGGCAGGCCGUCGUUCCCCGUCGAGAUAUCACCGUCGCUGGAGCAAAUGGACGCCGACUGGGUGAAGCUGGAGCCCAACGAGGAUAUUUACGACGCCCUGAUGGACGGUAGAAUAGAUUGCACGCCGAAAACGUCAGUUCCGGCGCCGUAUGUGCCGCCGCAUUCCCUCGCAGCUUUUGGUCUGUUUCUGCGACUGCCGGGCUACGCCGAGGUGCUGCUAAGAGACAAGAAGCGGGCGCAGUGCCUGCUACGACUCGCCCUUGGCGUCUCGGACGACGGUGAGGGCGGUGAAGUGCUAACCUCACCGUUGGCUGCUUCGUUGCCGACCUUACCGUUCCAAGUACUGAAGCAAUUGCUGGACGCCACGCCGCCGACCACCGACGACGGCCUGCUCCUCCGAGGGACGACCAUAGAAGUAGGCGCCAUGUUGCUGCUGCUCAACUGCCUGGCGAUAUUCACGCACCAAACCGGACAGAACGAUGGCUCGGCCGAGCACAAGACGGGUCAGAGUGGCAGCAGUAAUGGCGGACGUAGCGAUGACAACUCGCAUCUCUAUUGGGCGAAGGGCACCGGUUUUGGCACGGGAUCCACGCAGCAAUCUUGGAACGUCGAGCAGGCUCUGUUGCGCCAGCGAUGCGAGGACGAGCAUGUGACGGUGUUGCUGCAAGUGCUCGCCAGUUACAUCGGUGCAUCGGGCGGCAGUGGGCAACCGCAACGGGAAUUGCCCGCUCCGUUUCCCGAUUUGUUAGCGCGUUCCUGUCUAGUACCAGCGUUGUCGUCAUACCUGCGGAAUGACUCUGUUUUGGAUAUGGCCAGACACAUUCCUCUGUAUCGCGCGGUCCUGCAACUGCUACGCGCUAUGGCUCUCUCCAGCCAACUGGCGCCGCUCCUACUGCCGCGCGGCGGCCGAUCUGGAGAGCCGUCCGUGGUGUCCCUCUUAUCGAGCAUGCGAGUCUGCGUGGACACGUAUGUGAAUAAAAUAAACCGCACGAGGGGCAACAAGACGAACAUGAAGGUGAUCUCCAAGUACCCUGACGACACCGAGCAGGAUGAAGGUCUGGCCACACUGAUACCCGACAUACAGGAGAGCGCGACUAUAGUGCAAAAUGCCACGUGUCGAUUGUCCGGUAUCAGCGAAGAGUUAUCCGGAUCGAGCCCGACGGCGCCAGAACUGCCGCUACGCUCGAGCCUUGAGCACCGAUAUUUGGAAGUGAUGAAAAAUCUCCAGUUUGAUACCUACGAAAUGAUUACCGAAAAUUCAGAUGGCGGAGGCUAUAAAUUUGCCGUUUCGUAUCACUUUGAAUCGAAUGUAAGGGCUGCCGGUGAGAGAAGUCAUCCGACACGAGUGAAAAGAUUAGCUCAAGAAGCCGUCACACUCUCAACAGCAUUACCUUUGUCUUAUAGCAGUAGCGUCUUUGUAAGAUGCGACGCGGAUAGAUUGGACAUCAUGAAGGUACUCAUAACGGGGCCAGCAGAAACGCCGUACGCAAACGGCUGUUUUGAAUUUGACGUAUACUUCCCUCCUGAUUAUCCUAAUAGCCCAAUGUUAAUAAACUUAGAGACAACCGGUCGUCACACCGUGCGCUUUAAUCCGAAUUUAUACAAUGAUGGAAAGGUCUGUCUCAGCGUGUUGAACACUUGGCACGGCCGGCCUGAGGAAAAAUGGAACGCGCAUACGAGUAGUUUUCUUCAGGUCUUAGUAUCGAUACAAUCGCUAAUCCUAGUAUCUGAGCCCUACUUCAACGAGCCUGGGUACGAACGCUCACGAGGCACAUCGAGCGGUGCUCAAUCUAGUCAAGAGUACAAUGCGAAUAUUUGUCAGGCUACUGCCAAGUGGGCAAUGCUCGAUCAAAUACGCAAUCCUUGCCCGUGCUUCAAAGAGGUCAUACAUACGCACUUUUGGAUAAAAAGACAUGAGAUUGUUGCACAAUUAGAAGGAUGGAUAAGGGACAUGGAAAUGCACGGAUCUGAUCGUAGAUCGGGUCGUACGAUUUCUCUUAAUGCGAUGUCUUUGAGGAGACACUACAGGUUAUUAAGGGAGGAACUGAAUAAACUGCCAACCCCGAAAGGAUUGGAGGAUUUGGCCGAACCUCUCGCAUCGCCAGGCUCACCGAUCGAACUUUCAGGAACUCCAGGCACAACACCGAACACACCGUCGACAGUCGCGGCAUCCGCGACUACCACAACGGCUAAUCCUAUUGCUACUAACACUACGGUUCCGAUCAGCAACAGCAGUGCGAGUAGUCACGCACAUCACGACAUCGACACGGACGUCGAGAUGGAAAAAAUGGUUUCGAAAAUGUGUGAAUAGCUAAAGGAUGUUAAUAGACAUUGUUGGACAUUCUGAAAAGAGUCUAUUGUUUGUGUUACGAGAUGAACAAAUAAUGGACUGAUAUCAAGUGCAUAGAUAACCAGCGGCCGAGUUAUCGAUGAUUUUAAUCGUUAAUAAAGCAAGCGGUAACGAUUUCGGUCGAAUACAUAAUGGCAUAUUGACGAUAAUGAUUACAAUGAUAACAGAGAAAAAUGUAGGUGAAGAAAUAAAGUGUUGUGGAACGAGAAGGGACAAGUAAGAAUUUGCGAGAGAAAGAGAGCGUGUGUGUGAGUGUAUGAGAGGGGGGGAGAGAGAGAGAGGGAGAGAAUGUGUGUAAGCGAGUGUGAGUAAAAAUAGACCAUGAAAUGAAAGGAAGAAAGAAAGGACAAAAACAGAUAAAGACAGAAAAUAAGUAGCGCGAAUGUAACAAACUCGUGCAUAGUAGAUACUUUUUAUAGCCGCUGCUAUAGUACGUGUACGCUGCAUUCUACUACUUCAUACUACCAUAAGUACCGCAACUGUUAUUCGAUAUUUAUUAUACAUGUUCCUCGUUUAUGUAGCGUAUCUCAGAAUUAAUUGCACUUUUGUGCCAAUUUUUGGAUGUCGUGCUUGCUGUCGUUUCCUUGCUGCUCGCAUCACAAAAGCGCUAAUGCGGCGAGAGCAGUUUAAUCCCACUUAAUACUGAAUAUUAUUAAAGGUUCUGUAGAAAUAUAUUCUUUAAGUAAUUUUUAUGUAGAUUUAUAUACAAUAUUUUGCUGAUACGUUUUCUUUUCAAACGAAUAUUUAUUUAGAGCUGAAACGCACUCUUUGUUAAUGAAAAAAAAAAAAAGUAUAUACUGUCGAUAUUGUCGUUAAUAAUAAGCUUUCGCGCUCAUGCUAAAAUGCGAGUGGCAAAGAGGAAGCAAUAUGCGCUACAUUGUUAGAGAUCAGCUUAAAAGUGUAACUGGUUCUGAAUUAUGAUGUAGAAAAUAUCUUUGCGUGCGCAAUGCGAGCCAAUCUUAACGACUUGUCACCUGAAAAAUCGAGACGACGAUCGUUAGAUAACGUUUAAUAUAAUAGUACGUGUUCUGUGUCGAUUGAACGAAAACGUCUAAAAUGAUGUCUUGGAAAAUGGAAGAAACAGUGAACGUAAAAACCAAGAAUUGCUCUUUGUAAUUGUAACAGCUACUUAGUACACGUAAAUUUCAUAUGAAUCGACCAUAUGAACGAAUAAAGUCACAUUGUUUUGAAA